UCCCGGAAAUGCAUUUGUCAAUUACCGUCGCAGCUCUUCGCUUCUCUCACGUGGGUGAAGACAAUGGAGACGCCGUUAAUUACCGAAGCUACUACCAGCGGAGGCGGAGAUGGUCGCCAGCGGCAGAAGCCAAGUCAACAGUACAGGAGAAGGUCCGAUGCCAUAGCCUACGGCUCGCGCUACCAGAAGGCGGCUGCUCUUGUUGAUCUGGCAGAAGAUGGAAUUGGUUUACCAGAAGAAGUUCUGAAUGAUAUCAGAUUUGAUAGAGUCGCGAGGUUCUAUUUUAUAUAUAUUCGUUUUAACUUUCUUUGGUCUCUUAAUCUUUGUGCCUUGAUACUGCUGAGCUUUCUUGAGAAACCCCUAUGGUGCUUCAAUAAUCGUCAGUUUUCUUGUCAAGAGAGGGAGUAUUUUUUCCUUGGAGAACUGCCUUACUUGACUCAUGCUCAGUCCUUCGUAUAUGAAGGAAUCACCCUACUUAUACUCAUUUUACAUACAUUUUUCCCAAUUGCAUAUGAAGGUUGGAAUCUAUUCUUGAAGAAUCUUUGGAACAAGUUAAAGGUCAUAUUUCUUCUCCUUCUGAUGUGUGAUAUAGUGGUUUAUGCGCUUUUUGUAUCUCCUGUGUCAAUUACUUACCUGCCGUUCAGAAUUGCUCCAUAUAUUCGUAUUGCCUUUGUUACCUUGUCAAUCAGGGAGUUGCGCACAUGCGUAGUCACACUUGCUGGAAUGCUUGGUAUGUACCUGAAUGUCUUGGCUCUUUGGCUAUUAUUCCUUCUAUUUUCCAGCUGGCUUGCCUAUGUCACUUUUGAAGACACUCAACAAGGAAAGAUAAUGUUUAGUUCAUUUGGAACUACACUUUAUCAGAUGUUUGUGCUUUUCACGACAUCUAACAAUCCAGAUGUGUGGAUUCCGGCAUACAAGAAAUCUCGUUGGUCUUGCAUAUUUUUCAUUCUUUAUGUUCUUUUGGGGGUCUACUUUAUCACAAAUCUUAUUCUUGCAGUUGUCUAUGAUAGCUUUAAAGCUCAGCUUGUUAAACAAGUUAUUGAGAUGGACAACAUGAGGAUCAGCAUAUUAGGGAAGGCUUUUGGUCUUAUCGACAAUUUUAAUCAGGGGUUUUUGAACAAAGAGCAGUGUAUCUGUCUGUUUGAAGAGUUGAACAGAUACAGGUCAUUGCCAAAAACUUCAAGGGAGGAUUUUGAGCUGAUAUUUGAUGAACUUGAUCAUAGUGGUGAUUUCAAGAUCAAUUUGGAAGAAUUUACCGACCUCUGUAAUGCUAUUGCUCUAAGGUUCCAAAAGGAAGCCACACCUUCUUGCUUUGAGAACUAUCCAUCAUUUUACCAUUCACCUCAAUGUGAAAAGUUGAAAGCUUUUGUUCGUAGCUCUACAUUUGGAUACAUUAUAGCUUUUGUUCUUGUACUGAACCUAAUUGCUGUUAUCAUUGAAACAACGCUUGAUAUAGAGAACAGCUCGGCACAGCAAAUCUGGCAAGAAGUCGAGUUUUUCUUUGGUUGGAUUUAUAUCGUGGAGGUGGCUUUAAAAGUCUUUACAUAUGGGUUUAGAACAUAUUGGAUGGAAGGGCAAAACCGUUUUGAUUUUGUGAUCACAUGGAUAAUAGUCAUUGGAGAGGCCACGACCUUUUUCUUUUCAUCUGAGCUUCCCUUUCUAUCAAAUGGUGAAUGGAUUCGCUAUCUUCUAAUAGGAAGGAUGUUGCGCUUGCUAAGGCUCUUGUUGAAUGUGCAGCAAUACAGAGGAUUUGUUGCAACGUUCUUAACUCUUAUUCCUAGUUUGAUGCCAUAUCUUGGCAUCAUUUUUUGUGUGCUUUGUAUAUAUUGCUCUGUUGGCGUACAGCUAUUUGGUGGAAUUGUAAAUGCUGGAAAUGCUAUACUGGAAACUACUGAUCUCUUUCAGGAUGACUAUCUGCUUUUCAAUUUCAAUGAUUACGCCAAUGGAAUGGUUACACUUUUCAAUUUGUUAGUCAUGGGUAACUGGCAAACGUGGAUGCAGAGCUACAAGGAUUUGACAGGAAGUUCUUGGACCCUUAUCUAUUUUGUCAGUUUCUAUCUCAUAACAGUUUUACUGCUCCUGAAUUUGGUUAUAGCAUUCGUGUUGGAAGCAUUUUUUGCUGAAAUGGAAAUUGAAACAACCACUAAUUCUGCAGAUACCAAGGAUGCUUUGGGUAAGACCGAUCGCCGUCGACUUGUUGGCUUAAAGACACGGAGCCGUGCGGUCGACAACCUUCUUCAUCACAUGUUAAGUGCAGAGCUCAGCGAAACUCGGAGCUCCCAAGUUCCUUGAGUGUGGCCCUUUCAUUGAUGCAGCACAAGAUCAUCUAUUGCAGCUCAGCACAAUCCCCUGUGACUCGCAAACAUAACAAAUCAAUAGUUGACUCCUAUUUUAUUUCAUCGAUCACUUAUAAGGGAUUUUAUGCAUACUUGAACUCUGUGUAAUGAGACUAAUUGUUUUUCUUAAGAACUAAUGGCAUUUUGUAAUAAAAAAAAUUCUUCCCUUGAUAGAGUCGUUAGCACUUGCCUCC